CCUUGUGUGCAAUUUACCAAUAAAGUGAUCUUAAUACAUUUGAGAGUGGUUAUAUUUAUCCAGGCCCAUCGCUCAGCUUUUUACUAAAACAUAUGCGGGGUAGCCGCUUUGUUAUUGUUUCAAUUAAGGAUUCUAGCUUUAAUAAGGCUCAAAUGCGAAUCUGUCUACAACACCCAAUAGAAUAAAAGCCAGGUGAACGUCAAAGUUUUACCGUAAAUCCCAAAUGACACCCUUUUCCCUUUGUAGUAGACUACUUUUUACCAGGAUUCAAAGCGCAAUGUAGGGAUAGGGUGCCAUUGGGACGCAUUUUUAAGUACGAAACAUUUCGGGAGAUUUAUUUUCGUCUUGUUUUUUUUUCUGUUUACCAUGAACAUUUUUGUUAUAAAGAGUAAUAUAAAAAAACACAUAGCAAUCAAGUUAUUAUGCACGGUGAAAGGUGCAUUUUGGAGCACAUUCAUUGCAUUAUCACAGUUAAUGUGUUGCUGACUGUUUACAUCACAUCAAUUAAAACGCUUGUCAAGCACCUCUUGAUAUGUAUCCAAUUCUUAAUUUACGGAAAUGAAGGAAUUCCAAUGAUGUAACGCUUUUGAAACCUUCACGUUUGCUUUCGAUUUGCACUCUCCCGGCACUAUAAACGAAGACAGGCUUAUCAUUUGACAUCACAGUAAGGUGAGUAGACGUUCUGAUUUAUUUAACCUAACAUUCAAUGUAUGUAUCCAAUUAAAUAUAACUCACUAUAGAAUCUUCGAAUCUUAAAAUACAAUGUCUCUAUCUCAGGUUAGGUAAGGCAAGGUGCACUUCAGGUGACACUAAAAUACACUAUAAAACAGAUAUUAUGUUGGUGGGAAGGGGGAAACGAGGUAUGCUGGUGAAUAGUAAACCUCACUAAUCUAAUUUGUUCAGUGUGGUUGAAUCUCGAGCCGGAGUGGGAAAAUAUUUCUUUCCGACCUCAGAAGCCCACAUAGGUCCCUCAUUAAAAUGUGUUGGUGCAAUUUCACACAUACCAUGUGUGAUUUCCAGUUUUUCAUGGUAAGACGCCAACUUGUAAGAAUCCUAGAAAAGAUUUAGGCUAAGUAAUAUAGCUAAGCUAUAUAGCUCAGAGAUAUUUGUUUCAUUCAUGCAUAUCGCUUUUGAGAAGUUUCCAUUGAUGAAGGAGAGCGGUCUCCAAUGAAGGUAGCCUACCUGUAUCUCAGUUUAAGUGUGUAGUUCUUCAUUAAAAAUAAUGUGUAAUUUAAUAUUGGUGGGGUAGGGGGUUCACUAUUAUAUAACAUUCAUAAUAUUAGUAAAACAAAGUAAAUCACAUUAUCUAGGCUACAUGCCUCCACGUUUCGCUUUAGGUUUCUAUUUCUCUGUUGGGCGUCAGCAUCACUAGACAAGGGAAGGCAAGGACUCUGGGCUUUGGAGUCAAGAUGAUACCCUAUGUUGCGUUGUGCAAAUAUUUUCCUGUCACUAUAGUUGUGAUCAUAGUUUUCAGUGUCAAUGGAUACAUUGAGGAUCCUCUUUUUGAGUGCCUGCAAGAUUCAGACUAUGGCGAACUCCUUGAAAUUGUGGACAGAGGUCUUCCCUUCACAAAGACACCUCAUCAUAUUGCCAUCAUCGGUGGUGGUAUUGCUGGACUGACUGCAGCAAAGUUUCUGGAGGACGCAGGGCACAAGGUGACUUUAAUGGAGGCGAGUGGUCGAAUUGGAGGACGGGUGGAGACCUACAGAGAUAGAAGAGAGGGAUGGUAUGCAGAGCUGGGUGCUAUGAGGAUCCCUAGCUUUCACAAAAUUAUUUUAUCAUUUGCAUCAAAAAUGGGCCUUGGACUGAAUCCAUUUAUCCAGGAUGACAUCAACACAUAUUACUAUGUGAACGGGUUGCUGCAGAAAACAUAUACGGUUAAAGAGAACCCAGACGUGCUGAACUAUCCCUUGACUGACAAGGAAAGGGGAAAAUCGGCUGGUCAGCUCUUCGACUUGGCCCUGUGGAAGAUAAGGGAUGAUAUGAAGACAGCUGGCUGCGAGGCCACGUUGAGAAAAUAUGACUCGUACUCAGUCAAGGAGUAUCUAGUGAAGGAGGGGAACCUGAGUCGUGGUGCCCUGCGCAUGAUUGGAGAUAUCCUGAACGAGAACAGCCUCUUCUAUGCAUCACUUACUGAGAUGCUGUAUAUUCAGUCAGAUAUCAACGACAACACUGUCUAUUACGAGAUCACUGAUGGGUUUGACCAUUUACCGAGGGCAUUUUACCAGGCCCUCAACUGCACCAUCCUUCUCAACUCCAAGGUCCGACUCAUCAGUCAAACCAGCAGCUACGUGACCGUAUCCUACCAGGACUGGCACAAUCCAUCCUCCCUGACCAACCUCACAGUAGACUAUGCCCUUGUGACAGCUACAGCGAAGGCCACCCUCUUCAUGGACUUUCAACCCCCGCUGUCACCCCAGAAGAUGGAGGCCCUGCGGUCCGUGCACUACGCCAGCUCCACCAAGGUGGUCCUCAGCUUCAGCGAGAGAUUCUGGGAAAAGGAGGGCAUCAAAGGGGGGAAGAGCAUCACAGAUCUCCCCUCUCGUUUCAUCUACUACCCUAGCCACAGCUUCCCAGGCACGGCUGGGGGGGCUCUCCUGGCGUCCUACACCUGUUCCGAUGACUCCACUCUGUUCCAGGGGGUGAGCGAGGAUGAGCUGAAGGCCUUGGUGCUGGAUGACCUGGUAAAGAUCCAUGGGGAGGCUAUACGUCCGCUCUGCACUGGAGGGUUGGUGAAGAAGUGGGGGCUGGAUCCUUUCAGCCUGGGGGCUUUUGCCAUUUACACCCCUUACCAGCAGACGGACUAUGCCUCAGACCUGUUCAGGAAUGAGAGCAGGGUCCACUUUGCUGGGGAGCACACGGCCCUACCUCAUGCUUGGAUUGAGACUGCCAUGAAAUCUGCACUAAGGGCAGCCAGGAACAUCAGUAACCUGGCAGAAUAGACAUCUGGGGCCUGGGCACAUCGAUUGUAUUUUGAAUAGCUUGAGAAGCCAUGAUCGGAGGUUGAAUGUUGACAAACUAAAUGACGAAAUCCAAUGGCCAAACCAAAAACGUAUAUAAUGUUUUUUUUUGUACUGUCUGAUGAUCUUCUCUACUCAAUAUGAAUGGCACAACAUGAUGAGAGGAGUGUUGACGAAAUGUUCAGCAGAACUGAAAAGGUUUACUGGGCUACUUAUCCAUACCUUUUCCCAUUUCUAAUCUGUAUUAUUUUUGUGUGUACAGUUUUUUUUUAUGUGGGGGGGUAGUUCAGCUUUAAUAUUGCAGAUUGAUUG